AUGUCUGAUAAAGUAGUUCCAUCAAUGCAAGAUGAUUUUACUUUAAUGACAACAGAGAGAAAUGAAAUGAAUGCAAAAGCAGGGAAAUUAAUAAUUAAUUUAAAAAAAGAAACAAAAAUUUUCAAUGAUAUAAAUCAAAAGUUGACAGAUGAAAAGAAUUCACUUACAGAUGAAAACAAAAAACUUCAAGAAGACAAAACUACAUUAACUAAUCAGGUAAAUGAAUUAACUACUAAGAUAAAACAAUUGGAAGCAAUUGAAGGUGAAACAAAAUUUUAUUACCGUGUGCCAUUUGAUGGAAUUACUAAACAUUUUGGAAAUUACGAAAAGAAGAUAGAGGUGGAAAACGGAAGAGAUUCAUGGACGUAUGAUUUCAAAAAUAUGAGAGUUUCAAUUCAAGGAUUUUCAAUAAGUUUUAGAAUUAGUAGUGGAAAUGAUAUAUCAGCUGAGGGUUCCUAUGAAAUAUUUGCUAGCAACGAUAUGUCUUCCUGGGAAAAAAUCAGGGAAAUCAAAUUUUCUGGACAAAAUGAAACACGUUCUUUUAGUAAUAAUGUACCAAUUACUCCAUUCUACCGAUAUAUAAGAAUAAAACAGAGAUAUGUUUCAUGUUAUUAUCCAUCUUCAGCAUCGUUAACAGAUUUCGAAAUUUUUGGCUCAAUUGAUAAUCUCAAUCAUUAG